AUGGCAUUUCGCUUCAAUUGGCCAGAGUUCGAUAGCGAAUUCUAUGAUGAGGCCAAAUCACAGCUGGAAGCCGCUUUGAACAAAGGAAAUAAGCCCAAAAACAUUGUUGAUCAUAUCGCCGUGAAAGAGUUGCACAUGGGCACACAGCCACCUGAACUAGAAAUUCUGGAAAUUGGUGAAUUGUCUACCGACAAAUUCCGUGGCAUUUUCAAACUGACCUAUGCUGGAGAUGCGUAUAUUGUAUUGCAGACCAAAGUUCAGGCUAAUCCUAUGCACAGUAAACAGUCGGAUCUUCCACGGCAUUCACGACCCAACAUUUUAGCGGCGGAUCAGCCGUUGGUGGUGCCCAUGUUGCUAAGGAUCAGUGAUCUUAAACUGCGGGGGAUUGUGGUCUUGGUAGUUUCGAAAACAAAGGGCAUCACUCUUGUGUUCAAAAACGAUCCAUUGGAAAAUAUCCUCAUUAGCUCCACGUUUGACAGUGUCACCAGUGUCCGCAACUUUUUACAACGCGAAAUCGAAAAACAACUACGUAAUUUAUUCCAAGAAGAUUUACCGGUGAUGAUUCACAACCUUAGUUUACGACAUAUUCAAAGCGAACAAGAGAAAGCCAAGAAACAGCAACAGGAAGAACGGCUAAAGGCGGAACGAUUACGGCAAAUUGAACGCGAGAGACGAGCCGACCAUGGCACCAUUUCUCCUUCAUCACGAUCGGUAUUCUCGGAUCCGGGAAGUCAUCGACGAUCGGCCAUUUACAGUCACCCACCUCUUCCUUCCACGAUGCUUCAUUCUCCUACAUCGUACGACACAUUCUCUAUGCCUGACCUAUCACCCAAUUUGCCUGCAUCCUUACGAUCCCAAACCCUCACUCCUUCCGUGGGCGAGCCCGUGCCUUCCGAAGGAUACGGUUACCCAUUCAUCGACCAAACUUCCUUUUUGCAAUGUCUACCGCCUGGAGCGCCUACCACGCUAUACCGACCUGCGCAUCUGUCGCAAAUGUAUACCUCAUUUAGUGACCUCUACAGUCGCAGUGAGUCUCCGACCACCGUCGACGGUUAUUUCGAUUCCUCUCUCGCUCAAUCUUUCGCUCACAGUUCCCGAUCCAGUAUUCCCAUGACAACGGCCAAUCUGUGGACACUCAAUCGAUUUUACAGUCAGCCAUCCAUGUCUCAAUAUGGGACUACGGAAUACACACCUGUCGGUGGAAUGCAUGGAUCGUCGGGAUGGCCUGCUGAGGCGCAAUUCGAGGAUAGUCAGUCCGAAAUGGAUUCAUACAACGGGUCGCCGUCGUCGGCGAAUUCGGUGGCGGCUGCAGCAGAAACCAUGUACGCUUCAGAUGAUGCGGAUGCGCCGUGGUAUGUGACGGAAGGGCCUGAAUUACCGUCAUUACGCAAUCACAGUCAACAUUUGACGAUGCCAUUGGAUCAGGAAGUGGUGAUUGAUCCAGUGGAGAAUUCCGUGGCGGCCAAACUGGCUCAACUGACCUGCAUCAACCGAACCAUCUCCCCCUUUGCCCACCACAUCGACCAUUUCACCUACCGAAGUCUGCCACACACGGUCAAGAAAAUUGACGCAAAACCCAGGCACAAAAAAGUACCCAAACGACGUUUCAUCCGACUCAACACCAGCGGAUCAAGUGUACCCUCCAGCGCACCUUCCAGCGCACCUUCAAGUGUCACCCCAAGCGUACCUCCAAGCGUACCGACUAGUUCUUAA